AUGGCGCUUCCGGCGCUGUUGGAGGCGGUGAGGUCGGGCGCGCGGGAGCUGCUUCUGCAGCAGCUGCUGCAGAACCCCGCAGCAGCAAAACUCGCCGACUGCAACGGGACCACUGGUCUGCUGCUGGCAGCAAAACUGAACAAAGAGGAAAUGGUGAAGGAGAUUUUGCUGCACGGCGGAGACCCAAAUGCAGCAGAGUUGGCUGAGGUUGGGGCCAACACAGCUUUGCACUUCGCGGCGAGAAACAGCAACGAAGAAAUGCUUUCUUACCUCCUCGCCUUCGGGGCCUCUCCCAACCAGCAAAACGCCCUCGGCCAAACCCCGCUGCACUUCGCAGCAAGAGUUGGUGCUGCUGCUGCAGUGCAGCAGCUGCUGGCAGCAGGCGCCAAUCCGGGCCUAACGGACCAGUCUGGUGAGCUGCAGCAGCUGCCAGUGGUCCACUGGUCCACUCGGGUGGACCUCUGGGCAGAAAGCUGCACAGAGGGGCACUUAGCUGCUGCUGCAUGCAAGCGUUUUCUGCGCCUAGCCUCCCGAGUCCUCGCCACUGCUGCAGCUACACGCCCAACAAACCACCCCAGCAGCAGCAGCAGCAGCUGCUGCUGCUGCUGCUGCUGCUGCUGCAGCGUCGAGCUCAAAUUGUGCUGCUGCAACGCCGCAGGGUUUGACGCGGCGUUCUGGGCCGAAAGCGAAAUGCACGAAGAAGUCGUGCGGCUGCUGCCGCCGGCGAAGAGUCCGGGCAGUCGGGACGUAGCGUUAUUUCAGUUGUUGGCGAUGGACCAGCUGGGCUUCAGUCUGAAGCUGCCGGGCAAGAAGAAGGGGAAAGCGAAGAAAAAAUAG